UCUUACAACCAGUCAUCGACUGUGGCAUAUUCCCUGUUUAGAAUCCUACGCCUUUCCCCUUCAAGACCAAUCACAAGACAGGCGCUUCUCCUCGCUUCUGAUUCGUAUGGCGCCGGAUGACCCAGUCGGGCAAGUAUCGUCACUGCGGCCUGGUAUCUCAUCGAGCCCUGCAAUGAUCAAGCAACCCGGCCAGCAAUUAUUCCCAGGCAUCGCCGCUGGCCAUUCAAGUGGCGAUCAGUCAUGGCAAGGUGUUAGAAUGUCCUUGGGUUGCAGGCCCAGGGGGUUGUAGAGAAAAAGAAAUCCAUGCUGAAUGAUGCAAACUCGAGCGGUUGAUGACCACUGUAUUGGAUUCCUGUUUGAAGGAAGAACUAUUCUAAAGAGCUCGUCGAGAGAGACCGGUGGAAGAAGGCUGUUUGUUAGCUAAGGGGCUAAAGCUGCGUGCCAAACAAGCGCCUGCAAUCGGAACAAUCCCAAGUCAUUAUUUCACGACAGCCAUGGGACGAUAAUGAUGAGAUAAUGUGGGUG